AUGNUAGCUUCAUCUUGCUGUGAUGGAAAUAAAAAUCAAGAUGAAAGUGAUGCUGACUGUGGUGGGUUAGUGUGCGCAGCUCGGUGCGGUAUCAAUCAACAGUGUACAAAGAAUUCGGAUUGUGUGAAUAAUAAUUGUCAUCAAACACAGAAGACAUGUCAAGAACCAUCGUGUUCUGAUGGAAAUAGAAAUCAAGACGAAACUGAUAUUGAUUGUGGUGGUUCAAUAUGUAAGAUCAAAUGUGGUUUGAAUUACUAUUGUAUUAAAAAUGCUGACUGUAUCAAUAACAAUUGCCAUCAAACAAAUAAAACUUGCCAAGUGCCAUCUUGCGAUGACGGAAAUAAAAAUCAAGAUGAAACUGGUGUUGAUUGUGGCGGUUCAAUCUGUACACAGCGAUGUGAUUUGAAUCAAGUUUGUUCGAAUAAUUCUGAUUGCUCAAAUGGAAAUUGUUAUGUAUCGCUGAAAAUAUGUCAAGUACCAUCGUGCUGUGAUGGAAAUAAAAAUCAAGAUGAAACUGAUAUCGACUGUGGUGGUUUGACGUGUGGAGCUCGGUGUGGCUUAACUCAAGUUUGUUCAAACAAUUCCGAUUGUGCUAAUGAUAAUUGUCAUCAAACAAAUAAAACAUGUCAAGAGCCAUCUUGCCCUGAUGGAAACCAAAAUCAAGAUGAAACUGAUUUGGACUGCGGUGGUGCAUCAUGUAAAAUUCGUUGCGCUUUGAAUCGAACCUGCGCGAAGAAUUUCGAUUGUGUUAAUAAUAAUUGCCAUCAAACAAAUAAAACUUGUCAAGGUCGAGCUCGAAGGUACCCAGGUCGAUCAUUCCUGCCACUGGAUCCGUUGAAAUCUGAGUCGGUUCCGCAAGUUCCGGCAGGUUCCUUGCCGCCGGAUUCCGGCCGGAAUUGCACAGGAAAUAUCCGAUCAGUUCCUGGCCGUUUCCAGCUCGAAGUUUGCAGGAAACGGUCGGGAAAUGACGGGAACCUACGUUUGAACUUCCGGCCGGAAUCCNUUCCGGUACAGCUCUUCUCGAUUCCGGCACAGUUUUCGCCGAUUCCAGCAAGUUCCGGCAGGUUCCUUGCCGCCGGAUUCCGGCCGGAAUUGCACAGGAAAUAUCCGAUCAGUUCCUGGCCGUUUCCAGCUCGAAAUCCAUCUUGCGAUGACGGAAAUAAAAAUCAAGAUGAAACCGGCGUUGAUUGUGGUGGUUUCGUUUGUGGAGCUCGAUGCGAUUUAAAUCAAGUGUGUUCAAACAACUCUGACUGUUCGAAUGGAAACUGCCACACAUCAUUGAAACUAUGUCAUGCACAAUCUUGCAACGAUGGAAAUAAAAACCAAGAUGAAACUGAUGUUGAUUGCGGUGGUUUUGCUUGCGGAGCUCGAUGUAAUCUAACUCAAGUUUGCUCAAAUAAUUCUGAUUGUGACAAUAAUAACUGCCAUCAAACAAAUAAAACAUGUCAAGAGCCUUCCUGUUCCGAUGGAAAUCGAAAUCAAGAUGAAACCGAUGUGGACUGUGGUGGUACAUCAUGCAAAAUUCACUGCGCUCUUAAUAGAACCUGCGGGCAGAAUUAUGAUUGUGCCAACAAUAAUUGUCAUAAAACAAAUAAAAGUUGUCAAGUUCCAUCUUGCGAUGAUGGGAAUCAAAACCAAGAUGAAACUGAUGUGGACUGUGGUGGCUCGAUCUGUGGCGCUCGAUGUAGUUUAAAUCAAGUUUGUUCCAGAAAUUCUGAUUGUUCAAAUGGAAAUUGUUACGCAUCGCUGAAAAUAUGUCAAGCACCGUCGUGCUGUGAUGGAAACCGCAAUCAAGACGAAACUGAUAUUGACUGCGGUGGAUCAGUAUGUCCGGCGCGAUGCAAUUUAACUCAAGUUUGUUCAAGCAAUUCUGACUGUCUUUACAACAAUUGUCAUAAAACAAAUAAAACUUGUCAAGUUCCAUCCUGCGAUGACGGCAAUAAAAACCAAGAUGAAACUGGACCUGAUUGUGGCGGUCACAAUUGUACCAUGCGCUGUGCUUUGGGUAUAACCUGCUCAACAAACUCAGAUUGUAAUAAUGGAAACUGUCAUUUUACACUGAAAACAUGCGAAAACCCAUCUUGUCCUGAUGGCAAUCAAAAUCAAGGUGAAACAGAUGUGGAUUGCGGCGGUCCAUCAUGUACGAUUCCUUGCGCGCUUAACAAAACUUGCACACAAAAUUCCGAUUGUGACAAUGGCAAUUGUCAUCAUUCAUUACAUAAAUGUUCAGUACCUUCAUGUGAUGAUGGAAAUGAAAAUCAAGAUGAAACUGAUGCUGAUUGUGGUGGAAACACAUGUUCCACUCGAUGUAAUAUAAAUCAAACUUGCUUACACAGUCCAGAUUGUACUACUGCAAAUUGUCAUCAGACGUUGAAAACUUGUCAAAAGCCAUCAUGCGACGAUGGAAAUCUAAAUCAAGCCGAAGUAGAUAUAGAUUGCAGCGGACCGUGUUCAACCAAGUGUGUUCUCAAUCAAACUUGCAUUGAUAAUGCUGAUUGCGUAAAUGGUAAUUGUCAUCACGUCACGAAAAAAUGUUCAGGUACGUUUCGUGUCUUCGAGAAUGAUCUUAUUUAUGAAAAACAACUCCUUGUAGAUCUAUCGUGUGAGGACGGAAACAGAAAUCAAGGUGAAGGUGAUAUUGAUUGCGGUGGUCCAUGUCCCAUCAUGUGCAAUAUAACUCAAACUUGUGCAGUUAACACAGAUUGUGCAAACGGAAACUGUCAUCAUACAAAUCUCGCAUGCGAAUUACCGUCUUGCGAUGAUGGGAAUCGAAAUCUAGAUGAGACGGAUGUGGAUUGUGGUGGUAGUAAUUGUACCAAACGGUGUACAACCAAUAAUACUUGUCAUCAAAAUUUUGAUUGUGACAACGGCAAUUGUCAUCAUUCAUCAAAAACAUGUCAACCGUUUUCCUGUGGCGAUGGAAAUAAAAAUCAAGGUGAAGGUGAUAUUGAUUGUGGUGGUCCAUGUCCCACUAUGUGCAAUAUAACUCAAACUUGUGCAGUUAACACAGAUUGUGCAAAUGGAAACUGUCAUCAUACAAAUCUUACAUGUCAAAAUCCAUCUUGUAAUGAUGGAAACGUCAACCAGAACGAAACUGAUGUCGAUUGUGGUGGUCCAGUAUGUGGCAAUUCUUGUAAUGUUGACCAAGCUUGUACUCAAAAUUCCGAUUGUGCCAAUGGUAACUGUCAUCAUACAAAUCUUACAUGUAAAGCACCCUCGUGCAAUGAUGGAAAUAAAAACCAAGAUGAAGGUGAUAUUGAUUGUGGUGGUGUUUGCACGACUAAAUGUACAAUUGGUCACACUUGUUCGAAGAAUACUGAUUGUGUCAAUGGUAAUUGUCAUCAAACAAAUAAAACGUGCCAAGUUCUAUCUUGUGAUGAUGGAAAUAAAAAUCAAGAUGAAACAGGCGUUGACUGUGGUGGAACGACAUGUGCUGCUCGAUGUGCUCUGGGUGUAUCUUGUCUGAAUAAUUCAGAUUGUAACAAUACCAAUUGUCAUCAAGCAUCACACCUAUGUGACACUUUGUCAUGCUCCGAUGGAAAUAAAAAUCAGAAUGAAACAGACGUCGAUUGUGGAGGCUUGUGCAACACAAAAUGUGCUGUUGGUAAAAAUUGUACACAAAAUUCUGACUGUACAAACCAAAACUGUCAUCAUACCUCACUCACAUGUACAGUUCCAUCUUGUGAUGAUGGAAAUCAAAAUCAAAACGAAACGGAUGUUGAUUGUGGUGGUUUAUGUAGCACAAAAUGUCUUCUGAAUCACACUUGUUUGGUGAAUUCCGAUUGCGCCAAUGGAAAUUGUCAUCAUAUCUCAAAGAAAUGCUUAGAUCCAUCUUGCGAUGAUGGAAAUAAAAAUCAAAAUGAAUCGGAUAUUGAUUGUGGCGGCUUAUGUUCAAACAAAUGUACGCUUCAUUCUGGUUGUGCCAAUAAUGUCGAUUGUGCUAACGGAAAUUGUCACCAUACAUCAAAUACAUGCGAAAAUCCAUCAUGUACUGAUGGAAAUCAAAAUCAAAAUGAAACAGAUAUAGACUGCGGCGGUCUUUGUCUCACGAAAUGUGCACUUAACCAAACUUGCAAGGUGAAUGUGGAUUGUGCCAACAGCAACUGUCACACGACACAAUUGAAGUGUUCAGCUGAGUCUUGUGAUGAUGGAAAUAAAAACCAACAAGAAACAGAUAUUGAUUGUGGUGGAACGCCGUGUACUGUACGAUGCGCGAUCAAUAUGAAGUGCUUAAUCAAUACAGAUUGUGGAAAUGGAAACUGUCAUCGAAGUCAAUUGAAAUGCUUAGCUCCAUCGUGUGGAGACGGUAAUCUAAAUCAGAAUGAAACCGAUAUUGAUUGUGGUGGUAUAUGUGGUGCAACAUGUAAAGUUAAUCAAACAUGCUCAACCAAUACAGACUGCCUGACUAUAAAUUGUCAUACACCAUUGAAGACAUGCCAGCCGAUUUCGUGUUCUGAUGGAAAUAAAAAUCAAAAUGAAACCGAUAUCGACUGUGGUGGUCCUUGUAGCAUUAAAUGUAAUAUUAAUCAAACUUGUUUAGUCAAUAGUGACUGUAUUAACACCAAUUGUAAUCAGUAUACUAAAAAAUGCGAUGUUCCGUCGUGUGUGGAUGGAAAUAAAAAUCAAGCAGAGACGGAUGUCGAUUGUGGCGGCACGUGUAAUUCAACAUGCGUGAUCGGGAAAGCAUGUGCAGUUAAUACAGAUUGUGUCAAUGGAAACUGCCAUCAGUAUAAUCAUAAAUGUCAAAAUCCCUCUUGCAGCGAUGGAAACCUAAAUCAAAACGAAACUGACCUAGAUUGUGGCGGUGUAUGUGCUGGAACAUGUACAUUCAAUAAAGUAUGUAAAAUCAAUGGAGAUUGUGCAAAUGGCAAUUGCCACGUGUAUAAUCAUACGUGUCAACCCUAUUCUUGUUCUGACGGAAAUAAGAACCAAGGAGAAGGUGAUGUUGACUGUGGUGGACCUUGUACUACGACCCCGUGCUCUCUAAAUCAAGCAUGCAACGUGAACUCGGAUUGUACGAAUGGAAACUGUAAUCAGUAUAAUCAUACCUGUCAGAUUUAUUCAUGUGCUGAUGGAAAUAAGAAUCAAGGAGAAGCUGAUGUUGAUUGCAGUGGUCCAUGCACUACGAAAUGCGCUGUGAAUCAGACGUGUGCGACGAAUGCCGAUUGUGCCAAUAGUAACUGUCAUAUAUCAGCAGGAAAAUGUGAAAAGCUAUCGUGUUCCGAUGGAAACCAGAAUCAAAACGAAACGGAUAUUGAUUGUGGCGGCGUAUGUGGCUCAACAUGCAAACUGAAUCAAACAUGCUCAGUAAAUUCAGAUUGUGUAAAUGGAAAUUGUCAUACAACAUUGAAGACAUGUCAACCACUUUCGUGCUCGGAUGGAAAUAAGAACCAAGGAGAAGGUGAUAUUGACUGUGGUGGUCCUUGUAGCACUUUGUGCAAUAUAAGUCAAACUUGUUUGACAAACACAGAUUGUGCGAAUGGAAAUUGUCAUCAGUCAAAUCACACUUGUCAGAAUCCAUCUUGUAAUGAUGGAAAUAAAAAUCAAGAUGAAACAGAUACAGACUGUGGUGGUGUAGCAUGUGGUGCAUCAUGUUCUAUUGGGAAAACGUGUAGCGCAAACACAGAUUGCAGCAACGGCAAUUGUCCUACUAGUGUAAAGAAGUGUCAAGGUAUAUCCAUAUUCAUGCACAUUCGACAAUCUUAUUCGUGUACCGAUGGUAAUCAAAAUCAAGGAGAAAGUGAUAUCGAUUGUGGAGGUCCAUGCUCUACAAAGUGCAGUAUAAGUAAAAGUUGUAACAUCAGUGCUGAUUGUACGAAUUCGAAUUGUAAUGCUGCAUCACAUAAAUGUGAAAUUCUAUCUUGUGUUGACGGUAAUAAGAAUCAAAACGAAACUGAUAUCGAUUGUGGUGGCAUAUGUGGCUCGACCUGCGCACUGAACAAGACAUGUUCGUCAGGUGCCGACUGUGCAAAUUCAAAUUGUAAUACGGGAACGAAGAAAUGCGUCAAUCCAUCUUGUAACGAUGGUAAUAAGAAUCAAAACGAAACGGAUACCGACUGUGGUGGUGUAUGUGGAGCAACAUGUGGAGUCGCCAAAGUAUGCCAGAUCAAUGGAGAUUGUACAAAUGGUAAUUGUCAUACAGGACUGAAGAAGUGUCAAGAUCCAUCGUGUUCCGAUGGAAAUAAGAAUCAAAAUGAGACUGAUCUGGAUUGUGGCGGCCUAUGUGGUGCAACAUGUAAUCUUGAUCAAACAUGUUCAAAAGGUUUGGAUUGCAUAAUUGGAAAUUGUCAUGCAACAUUGAAGACAUGCCAACCUGUUUCAUGUUCUGAUGGCAAUAAGAACCAAGGAGAAAGUGAUAUUGACUGUGGUGGUCCUUGUAGUACUUUGUGCAAUAUAAGUCAAACUUGUUUGGCAAACACAGACUGUGUAAAUGGAAAUUGUCAUCAGUCAAAUCACACUUGUCAGAAUCCAUCUUGUAAUGAUGGAAAUAAAAAUCAAGGAGAAAUUGACGUUGAUUGUGGUGGCCCGUGCUCUACUAAAUGUGCUAUUAAUCAAGUGUGUACAGCAAAUAGCGAUUGUGCCAAUAACAAUUGCCAUAUAACGAAACAUCAGUGUUUAGCUCCUUCUUGCGAUGACGGAAACCUAAAUCAAAAUGAAACUGACUUGGAUUGCGGUGGAAUUUGUAUUGCUACAUGUGCGCUGAACCAAUCGUGUAAGACCAACGCAGAUUGUGCAAACUACAACUGUCCAGCGGCAGUAAAGACAUGUCAACCUUAUUCUUGUUUUGAUGGAAAUAAAAAUCAAGGAGAAGGUGACGUUGAUUGUGGUGGUCCUUGUAAUACGGCACUGUGUGCUCUAAAUAAAAUGUGCAACGCGAACUCAGAUUGUGCUAAUGGAAACUGCAAUCAAUAUAAUCACACAUGUCAACCUCCAUCUUGUAACGAUGGAAAUAAAAAUCAAAACGAAGUUGAUAUCGAUUGUAGUGGUUCAUGUACUACAAAAUGUUCUAUCAAUCAAGCGUGCGUAGCAAAUAGCGAUUGUGCCAAUAACAAUUGCCAUACAACGAAACAUCAAUGUUUAGCUCCUUCUUGUGAUGAUGGGAACCUAAAUCAAAAUGAAACUGACUUGGAUUGCGGUGGAGUAUGUGUGGGAACUUGUGCGUUUAAUCGAACUUGUAAGAUCAACGCAGAUUGUGCAAAUUAUAACUGUCCUACAGCGGUGCAGAGAUGCGCACUUUAUUCUUGUUUUGAUGGAAAUAAAAAUCAAGGAGAAGGUGACGUUGAUUGUGGUGGUCCUUGUAAUACGACGCUGUGUGCUCUAAAUAAAACAUGCAACGUGAACUCAGAUUGUGCUAAUGGAAACUGUAAUCAGUAUAAUCAUACAUGUCGACCUGUUUCCUGUUCUGAUGGAAAUAAAAAUCAAAAUGAAACUGAUGUUGAUUGCGGUGGUGUAUGUGGUGCAAAAUGUAAAGUUAAUCAAACCUGCUCCGUAAAUACAGACUGUACGAAUGGAAAUUGUCAUCAUACAAAUCUGACAUGUCAAAAUCCAUCUUGCAAUGAUGGAAAUAAAAAUCAAGGAGAAAUUGACGUUGACUGUAGUGGUCCCUGCACUACAAGGUGUAUUGUUGGUCAGAACUGUAACUCUAACGGUGAUUGCGCAAAUGGAAACUGUAAUGCAUAUUCAUAUAAGUGUAAUGUCCCAAACUGCAACGAUGGAAAUAAGAAUCAAGACGAAACAGAUGCGGAUUGUGGUGGCGCUAUCUGCUCAAACCGAUGCGACAACAAUAGAGCUUGUCUAAAUAGCACUGAUUGUGGUACAGAAAUGAGAUGCAGUGUGAAGAUGAGCGUGUGUCAAUCACUUUCGUGCUCGGAUGGAAAUAAGAACCAAGGAGAAGGUGAUUUUGACUGUGGUGGUCCUUGUAAUACGACACUGUGUCCAUUGUACAAAACGUGCAACGUGGACUCAGAUUGUGUAAAUGGCAAUUGUCAACAGUCAAAUCAUACGUGUAUACCUAUUUCAUGUUUUGAUGGAAAUAAAAAUCAGAACGAAACUGAUAUCGAUUGUAGUGGUCCAUGUGCUACAAAAUGCACUAUUAAUCAAACGUGUGCAGUGAAUAGCGAUUGUGCCAAUAGUAAUUGUCAUACUACAAAACACCAAUGUUUAGCGCCUUCUUGCAAUGAUGGAAAUCUAAAUCAAAACGAAACUGAUUUGGAUUGUGGUGGCAUAUGUAUUGGAACAUGCGCGAUCAAUCAAACGUGUAAGAUCAAUGAUGAUUGCGCCAACGGCAACUGCCCUACAGCAGUGAACAAGUGUCAGCUUUAUUCUUGUUUUGAUGGAAAUAAAAAUCAAGGAGAAGGCGAUGUUGAUUGUGGUGGUCCUUGUAAUACCACCCUAUGUUCUUUCAAUAAAACGUGUAAUGCAAACAGUGAUUGUGCCAAUGGAAACUGCAACCGUCAAAAAUCACGUUGUCUAGCUCCAUCUUGUAACGAUGGAAAUAAAAAUCAAAAUGAAACCGAUAUUGAUUGUGGUGGUGUCUGUGGUGCAAAUUGUCAAAUUAAUCAAAACUGUACGGUGAACACAGAUUGUGCGAAUAAGAAUUGCCACCAUACAAAUCUCACAUGUACAGUUCAAGUUUGUGAUGAUGGAAAUAAAAACCAGGGUGAAACUGAUAUUGAUUGUGGCGGUUCGAUAUGUGGUUCGACGUGUAUUGUUGGUCAAGCUUGUGUUUACAAUUCAGAUUGUAAAAAUGGCAACUGUCAUAAUACUUUAAAGAAAUGUAGUGGUAAAUCAAAUUUUUUCGAAAAUUUCUGGACACCGUUUAUACAAAGAUUGAGCUUAGCGAUAGUAUCUUUGCACGUAGUGAAAUCUCUCUAUAAUGGACAGCAUGGGGAUUUUUCAAAGUAUCCACUGUAG